AACAUUUUGGCCCGGUUCUCAUACUUGCUACUAACAAUUAUCUAUUUGUCUGCUAAUCACCGCCUAAGUGUACGAUCCAUAUCACGAUGCCCAUAAAUCUCGAAGAAGAAAUGAAGGGCAAAGCACCCUCGGCCGACAAGUCUCAGGAGGAGGAACCUAAAGAUCCCGAAAAUCAGAUGUUUGACGACGAGACACUCAAUGGGCUGGGUGACACAUUCGCAGAGGCAUUCGAAGAUCAAUUAGACCUGGGUAUGACUGAUGAGGAGCAAGCGUUCGUGGAUCUGCUGGUAGAUUUUGACGCGGAUUUCUUGACCAAGCGUGCGACGGAGGUGUUGACUGAAGUAUUCAAUCGAUUUGACGAGGACAAGGACGGGUUUCUCAGCGACAAGGAAAUGGACGCGUUCGCGGAGGUUUGCAACGGUGAGAAAUUUGAAGACGAAGACAGAGAUGAUAUCAAAAACACUUUUGGAAGUGAAAAUGGCAAAUUCACACUGGAAGGGUUCCACAAUCUCUUCAUGUUACAAAGCUGCGGACGUCCACUCGACACCAUCAGGGACUUAAAAGCGCUCGGAUAUGGCCCCGGCCUAGAGAAGCUCUCUUCUGAAUAAUCCGAUGCACUUUAUAAGCUAUACUCGUCACUCAUGUGAGUGAGCGACAUUAUCAGUGACACUGGAACGGUCAUCUCGCGCACCUACUGAUAUGAUCAUCUGACGCUACAAGAAGACUUGGCCGUGUCUAUCGACCGCAGAAAGGCGAACCAAAACCACCACUACUCGUGCGUAUCAAAACGUCACCAGUUAGUUGCACUGGCGAGAAUCAAGUUGCCAUGUGCAAACAUAAAUUUAGUUGUAAAUAUAAAAAUUCUCUCAAAAAUGUGAAUUGCAACAGCACAAUACAGUCU